AAACGCAUGGAUUGGUGUACUUAAGAGAUCGCAAUCAUGUGCAUUCAAAGCAGACUUAUUACAAACCGCAAUUUGUAUACAAUUUAAACGAAAUCAAUAUGCUGUCCCAAAACAUCAUUCAGGUUGCUGUUAUUGCAUUCGCUUGCUCGUCAGCAGUUCUAGCGGCAUGUAGUGAGGAUAACGACGAUUACGUCGCCGGAGUUGAGCAAGCCACUCUACAAUGGGAUUCUGCCUACGACUACCGGGGCAACGAGUGCAAUCAGAUUGUAUUUAUCAAUGCUGUUCUGGAGAGUAAUACACCCACAUCUCCCGCAUGUUUGCAAGAGGGCUAUGCCGCUGGUCUGAAUACCGCAUACAAUAGUGCCCUGAAUGAAUGUGGUGAUUGUCAAGGGGUACCUUCUUACGACCAGGGAGUUAACCAGGCCGUUGUACAAUGGAAUGCUGCUUGGUCGUAUAUCGAUGACUGCAAAAAGAUCGACACUGCUUACAAACAGGUUUCGAGCGCCGGUCCCAACAGUCCCGAGUGCCUAGAGGCUGGUUUCGAAGCAGGCCUCGAAGCUAAGUAUGAUGCACAACUUAUAAAAUGCGAGCCGGAGUGUGAGGAAUACGGUGAAGAUUAUGCGAACAGCGUAUGGUCAUCAGAAAGAGAGAAAUACGGGGAAGACUGCGCAAAUUUGGAUAAGGCUUUUGAAGAGGCGAAUAAGAAGACCCCUGCUAUACCCACAUGCUACAAUCAGGCAUACGUCAACCAAAUCAAUACAUUAUACACCGACUCUUUGGAUAGUUGUGUGGACACCUGUAUCGCAAACGGAGAAGAUCAAGGUGAACGUUUAGCUCAGCAAUUCUGCGGCAUCAGCAGUGGUAUUGAAUUGUAUAAUUCACCACUCACGCUAGUUAUUUGCAAUGACCAGGAGAAGCAGGCCUGCCUAACUACCUUCGAUGAAACGACUAUGAGUGACUGUCCAACUAACAGGGAUAUUCCUGACAACCAGGAGUAUUAUGAGGCAUUACAAGCUUCUUGUGCCAUCACUAUUGGCCCAGAUGCAGGUAAAUAAGUUGAUUACGAGAAUCAGGUGAAGCUAAUUUAACAGAUCAGGCAGCAUACGUCUCUUGAUUGUGCGUCACAAGUCAUUGAGUUAGCCCGUGGAAUCGACGGAUAUCAGAAUUUUCGUAUUAGAACUGCAAAUAUUCUAGAAACAUUAAAAAUACAUCAAUACAAGAAUAAAGGCAUCCGAUUUAUAUAUGUAUUCAGUAAUCGCUGAGAAAUACAAAGCCAACCAUCUUAUGUAGCAAGCCCUUGUCCUGAUACAGCCCUCGUAAAUUUGUAGGUAAAAAAUCCGCUAUUAAUAUUAGACCAUGGUUCAUGGACACUCGUUGUUUUUGCAAUAGCGUUCAGGUAGCAUGAUUAUUUGACUAGAUACUCACAGAAAUACAUACGGUCUACUAUAUAGUUUGAAUUUAUAAUACCAAGCAUGAUGUUGAUCAAAUUAGGUUUUUUUAUCCAAGAGCAGAUUUUUCUUCUCCCACAGAUAGCGAUCGUUCGCUGUAAAGCGAACGGUUGCAUAGCAUAAUUUAAUUUGUGCAAGUAUGCUAUGUUAGAACUAUGGAUAUUUCGAGCUAGUGUACAAAAUUGUUGAUUUUAGUAACAAAUCCUUUGAUGAGGGUCAUGAGGGGCAUAACUAUACAACUGAAAAUGUCUCAAUUCUAUUCUAGUGUAUUGUUCAAAUUUUCUAUUAGAACGUAUAUAUACCGGAUUCCUACUUUGAUGCGAAACAAGCCCUAGCAAACGAUGAUCUAAUUAAAUACUAGAGAAAAUUAUCUAAAAUGAGUGACCUCUACAGUCAUCCCGUCCACAAGGUUCUUAUCUUGCUUUGUGUACAUACCAGGUAUCAAAGCUAGGGAAGAAGAUAUACUUCACACCA